GGCCGGUGGGUUAAUUUGUUUAAAUGGUUCAGCCUUACAAGCUUCAUUAUCCACCCAUAAUCGAAAAACGAAAUCUGGGCCGUACGUUCAAACUUGAAUUUCUGGCGAGCGGUCCGCAUAAAAGUGCGCCUUUAUUACACAGAAGAGGUAAUUGUUGCAAUUUGUCAUCAUAAUCGAAUUGUAAUUAUCGUCAUUUAAUUGUAAUGGGUAUAAAUACUGAAUAGUUCAACAACUUUGCGUUCUAAAGAAGAUGCAUUUCAGUCCAGUAGCGUUUUACUUGACCAUCAUUGUACCUUGCCUAGCUUUGCCUAACAUUUUCAAGAGGUGCAAAAUUGAUGACGACAAGUGCCUAAAAUCCAGUGUGGAGUACGCAAUUUCCAACUUGGGAAAUGGGCUGGAGGAGUUGAAGAUUGGACCCCUCGAUCCACUAGUGCUGCCGGCUAUAGAAGUUCAAGCAAUUCCUGGUCCCAUCAGCUUAUACCAAAAGUACUCAAAUGGCAUGUACCGGAACUUUACACAAUUGAAAGUUGUGCAGUUUAAGGUAGAUUUGGAUAAAUGCCAGAUGUACUUAGAAGCAUUUCUUCCUACCAUAUUUUUCAGUGGAGACUAUUCCAUUAAAGGGAGACUUUUUCUCUUAGAAAUUGACUCAGAUGGUACAGUAACUGGGACGUCUACAAAUUCAACGCUUUUUGCCAAUAUGACAUGUGUCAAAUAUCAACAGAACAACAACCAGCAUAUAAAAGUAACCGAUUUGCAGGCUAACUUCGUUUGGGGAGAGAUUCUUAUUCAUUUUGGUGACGUUUUCAAAGGGAAUGAUAAACUUAAUGAAGAGUUUGAUAAAAGUGUAAAUGAGAAUAUCGCAGCAUUUUUGGAGAUUUUAAAAGAGGACGAAAUGGAAAUCCUAGGCGCAUUAAUUAAAGAUUACGCCAACAAGGUAUUUUCAACAUAUUCCGUAAGCGAAAUUUUUGAAAUGAGUUAAAUAUUGUUUGGUAGCCCAUUAAAUUUGAAUUACAAUCUCA